AGGCGGUAAAUGAAUGUGUGGAACUGGACACGGUCUGGAUACUCUGAGAACUGUGUUAGGUUCUACAGCGACCAGCUGAUGGGAAUCGAGUAGCUCAGGAUCAUAAAUGGUCACUUUCCACUACAGCUACUUCCCCAGUGUGCCCACAGAGAGCAAUACAUCUGCUCCUGCGGUUGUAACUUUGGAGAGCCGCAGCCAUCUACAAUUACUGCUCCUAAACAUAUCGAGCUGGAGGGAGACAGGAACCCCUGACCCUUUACAUUUCUGGAUCAAGGUGAAGAUUGCUAUAGGAUACAGUGUGGCUGCAACUUUUCAUGUGGGUAAUGCGUUGGGGGCCAGAAAUCCUCAGCAGGCUGUAAACUCUGCCAAAGUCACUAUAUACUGCAUUGGUUGCAUCGCCUUAGUAACUGCAGCAAUAAUUGGAGCCCUAAGGAAUGUGGUGGGCUAUAUCUUCACCAGUGACAAAGAAAUUCUACAUUUAGUUAUAGAAGUAGUUCCAUUAUGUUCUGCUUUUCACGUAUUCGAUGCUACUGCGGUGAGUAUUUCAGUGUCUGUUUCUGCUUGUAAAUGUUCACUCCUUUACUUUAGAUUUAUUUUUGCAUUUCAGUCAAGUGUCACCGACAAUGCACAUCUACCAGACAACAUUACUGUCACUGAAUCUCCCACUUUUAGCUUCAUUGGAGUCACCAUUGAGCAAAAGGGUGUGUGUGGUGGAGUGUUAAGAGGAGCUGGGAAGCAAAAACAAGGCGCUUUUGGCAACUUGGUUGAAUAUUACCUGAUUGGGUUUCCCAUUGGAAUCUCUUUGAUGUUUGCUGCAAAUCUUGGCGUAUUUGGUCUCUGGUGUGGAAUAGUGCUUUGUGCGUCUGUACAAUCCAUUAUUUUUCUGACAGUGAUUUGCAGACUCGACUGGAAGAAAACUGCCAAACAGGCUCAGAUUAAUGCAGGGGCAAUGAGAGGAUUGGGCACCUCAGACAGCACUUCUGGUGGUCAAACAAAAGAUCUCUCAACAGAGGAGGACACAGGAAAUGAUGCUAUGGUUCUGAUGUCUAGUGUUUUGCAAUUGGAACCAAGUGUGGACAAGGACCAGGUGAUGGAUGAAUCUUCAUUUUUGGAAACUGGAGUUACCACAGUCGGAGAAAUCCUGUCCACAAAGCAAAUGAUCAUUCGCCGAGGCCUCUUCUUCCUCUCAGGACCCGUGAUCCUGGCCAUUGGACUGACCAUACACUUCAUUCUCGCAAAGGACAUGUAGACACCAGUGACCAAUGGAGAGACAAGAGCACAGUUACUCACCACAACAGGAAUAGUGAGUGUGUGACCAAAGGAAAACACUCACACAAAAAACCUUUACUACUGAUCAACUCCGAUCAACUCUCAAAUAUAUCGUAAAGAAAUAAAUUUUAACACAUUUUCAAGUAUGACUUGA